CUUGCAGGAUUUGCAGUAGUUCAUUUGACACAUCUGACACAUUCGGUUCGGUUUGUCAUUUUUCCUGCCCCCCACUUUUUUGUUUCUUUUUUUUAAAUUAAAGUUAAAAAUCUCCCGGGGUUUUAAAAUGCCUAUUAGUAAAUAUAGCAUUGUUACUAGAAGUGCAACAUGAAUAAAGAUGGGGAUAAUUAUAUGUGAUAUUAAAGAAAACAAAUGGCCAAUAUACUAGUGAAAUGGCAUUAAUGAUUUACACUUUAUACGGUUUUGCAAUAUUCUUUUUCGUCUUUUGGAGUGUUAUGUGGUUACUACAUUUAAUAGCAAUAUUUUAUGGAAAAUACCGACUGCACAAAAAGGUAGAAGAUAAACAGGGAGACGAUUGUUAUCCUGGCAUUUCUAUUUUAAAACCCCUAAUGGGUACAGAUCCUCAUUUAGUUUCUAAUUUAGAAACAUUUUUUACUAUGAGAUAUCCCACGUACGAAAUAUUGUUUUGUGUAGAAGAUGAGAAAGAUCCUUCAAUUGAUGUCAUAAAUAGUUUAAUAAACAAAUAUCCAAAAGUUGUAACUAAACUGUUUAUUGGAGGAUCAUUAGUGGGUGUUAACCCUAAAAUCAACAAUAUGCAUAGAGCUUAUGAAGCAUCAAGUUAUGAUUUCAUUCUUAUUUCUGAUAGUGGAAUUCGCAUGAAAGAAGAUACGCUCCAAGAUAUGGUAAAUCAUAUGACUGAAAAAACAGGUAUAGUACAUCAGAUGCCUUUUACAUGUGACAGAAAUGGCUUUGCAGCCACUUAUGAAAAGAUUUACUUUGGUACUGCACAAGCUAGAAUGUACUUAGUAGCAGACUGUUUACGAAUUAAUUGCCAUACAGGCAUGUCAACUUUAAUGCGUAAGCAAGUAUUAGAAGAUUUAGGUGGCAUUAAAACUUUCGGAUGUUAUUUGGCAGAAGAUUUUUUCAUAGCAAAAACUUUUAUUGAAAAGGGAUGGCGCACGGCUAUCAGCAGCCAGCCAGCGAUGCAAAAUUCUGGCAAUUAUGAUGUCCAUAGCUUUCAAGAACGUCUCACAAGAUGGGCCAAGCUGAGAGUGGCCAUGUUGCCAUUGGUUAUAGUCUUCGAACCCUUAAGUGAAUGCAUGGUCAUAGGAGCAUGUGCAGGAUGGGCAGCCAGUCUGCUAUUCAAAGCGGAACCUUUAGUUUUUUAUUUAAUACACACUCUGGUAUGGUUUAUGUGUGACUGGAUUCUAUUAUCAAUAGUGCAGAAUGGCUCGUUACCUUUCAACAAAUUCGAUUUCAUCGUGGGCUGGCUGUUCAGGGAAUGCUCAGGACCAUAUCUCUUUAUCAUAGCUGUAUUUGAUAAUUCCAUAAGGUGGAGAAGCCGAAGUUUCAAGUUAGAUUGGGGCGGCAGAGCCCAUGAGAUCAAACCUAGAAUAAAGUGUUAAAAAGAAGUCUGUAUAUGCUAUAGUUUUAAUUUAAAUAGUUUAUUUUUGUGAAUGUGCUAGGUAUACUUACAAAAAGCAGGUAAAAUACAGCAGACAGGGUGACAUAAUAUUUAGACGUAUAUCUGUGUAUAUAUUUUUAGUUUAUACAUUUUAGUUGUAUAAUAUAUGAUUGUGAUUCAGGUAUUAUUAAUUAAUUUAAUUAAUUUAUUAACUAAUAGCACGAUGUAGCAGAGAGUUUAUUAAUCACCCUGUAUGGAUUAAGAAUCAAAUACUUUUUUUACUAUAAAGAUAGUACUUAGAAGUGGUAUUUUUUUCCAACAGAGUCUUAACAUUUUUAAGAUAUUUUAUUUUCUAUUUGAACAAGACUUGAACCUGAUGAGUCCAAUUUUUAAGCACAUAUUUUGUCUUAAGAAAGUUUUUUUAUACUACUUAAUUGCUGUAUAUAUCAAAUUUUACACAUGUCUCUUCUUAUUCUAAAUUUUCCUAAUAAACAUAAUUGUUUUUUUCCAACAAUGUCAAUGUAUUUCUAAAUAUAUUAAAUAUAUAAGAUUGAAAAGUA